AUGCAGGAGCAUCCCGACGACGCAGCGGAAAUACGGGAUGAGCUCAAGUUUUGGAACGAAGUCAUGGACCACCAAGUACCCAUGACCAAGGAACGGGCCGAGGCAACGUCUCUAAAAUGGGGUCCUCUGUUUACCAACACAAGCCCCAUCAUGUUCUGUCCUCCGGGGCUCGAUCCCCUCGAUGUACGCUGCUCAUUUCAUACGGCCGAACCAUCCUUCCAUCUUCACGCGGCCCGGAAAGCCGACGAACACCGGCCUGGCCAACCAGCCAAUCUGGUUCGACCGGACCCAAAUCCUGCCUUCUCAUUGACCCAACCGUGUCCACCAUUGAAUUCACUCGUGUUCCCCAUCCGUCACUGGCUGCCGGCGCCCACUGUCACGGCUUGGGCACCUCCGAUAAAACCGUCACCGACACCGACGGACGACGAUGCAAACAAAAGCAUACCGAUGUGUCCGACCACAGCACCCAAGCUAAACCCACUGGUAGCACGGCACAACCGGUUCACGAACCGGAAUACCGCCGACAUGACGGCGCAUGCUGCCAUCCAACCCAACCCCCACCUGUUCCGAAUCAGUCACUGGCUGCCGCCACCCAAUGACACGGCAUGGACACCCCGGCCGAACAUGACAUCACCGAAACCGUUGCCGACACCGACGGAUGUACACACGGACUACAGCAAACCGCUGUGUCCCACCAUCUCGCACUUGCCUGGUGCACGCGUGCCAGUUCCAUAUUCUAUAUACACUAUCCCCAAUAUCGACCGAGGGCAUGGCAUGGCUAAGAAGCCCGGUAUUUAUAACCAUGUCGUCGACCUUAUGCUUAAGCCACCAACAGCUCACCGCAACCACCACUCGCUCAGCACGAGCCGUUCCCCAACACCGAGUGGCCUACUCCAGCUCGGUGACAUUACCGCUGUCAGCGCCCACAACAAGCUCCGUCCUAUACAUCUUGUAGGGCCGCGACGGCCUCCAUGCAAACCUAUCUACCACAUUCGGCGUCAGUAG